AAACAUUUAACCUGCACACCAGAAGUUACUGGCAGAGAAACGCUGAAAACAGUACCUUUUUUUGGAUUGUGACUUGUAUUUUAUUGUAAAGUUUUGUGGUUCCAGCAAGUAAACAACAUGGCCGGUAAAGGCGAAGCAGAAAAGCCGUCGGUGUCUGGUGUGGUCGAAAACAGAGGCCGUCUGUGUGAGGAGUUUGCGACAAUAACGGGAACAGACAGCGCCGUGGCGCAGUGUUACCUGGCGGAAAAUGACUGGGACAUGGAGAGAGCUCUGAACUCAUUCUUUGAGGCGGACAUGGAGAAAGUAUUUGAAGUAGAAGAUUCUCCCAAGGAGUCAAGUCCCAAGAGUAAAAAGGCAAAGGUUGAGGAAAGUGCACCAACACAUAGCAUAGAUUUGACUGAGGACGGUCCGGCCUCCACAUGUAAACCCUCAGAGGAAGAUGACAAGAAACUGUCACUGAUCUCCUGGAACGUGGACGGACUUGACACAGACAACCUGGCAGAGCGGGCCAGAGGCCUCUGCUCCUAUUUAGUCCUAUACUCUCCGGACGUGGUGUUCCUCCAGGAGCUCAUUCCACCCUAUGUGCAGUAUUUGAAGAAACGUGCUGUCAGCUACAUGAUCAUUCAAGCAGGAGGUGAAGAUGGUUAUUUCACUGGGAUGAUGCUGAAAAAGUCCAGAGUGAUACUGAUCGAGAGCAACAUAGUGACUUAUCCGACUACUCAAAUGAUGAGAAAUCUGCUCAUAGCACAGGUGACUUUCAGGGGACAGAAACUGUGUCUGAUGACGUCCCACCUGGAAAGCUGUAAGGGCCACGCAGAAGAGCGCAUGAAGCAGCUUCGAGUGGUCAUGCAGAAGAUGAGAGAGGCCCCAGAAGACGUCACUGUGCUGUUUGGAGGGGACACAAACCUGAGAGACACUGAGGUGGUCAAAGUGGGCCUGCCCUCCACUGUUUACGACGUGUGGGAACAUCUGGGGAAGGCGGAACACUGCCGCUACACAUGGGACACAAAAGCCAACACCAAUAAGAAGGUCCCCUACAUCAGCCGCUGCCGCUUCGACCGCAUCUUCCUGCGACCCGCCUCCAAGGACAAUGUCCCACACAUGGCUGCUGACCACAUGAACCUGGUGGGUCUGGAAAAGCUGGACUGUGGCCGUUUCACCAGUGAUCACUGGGGAAUCUACUGCAGCUUCUCCACCGGGUAGAAGCACUCUAAACUUUAGCUGUAGGUCAGUCAGUCUUAUCAUGUUUACAUGGUCCACUUGGCCUCCAUAACCUCAUAACAUUCUCUGAAAAUGUUGACCUGAUUAUUAUUGUUGUUCAUUAGGUUUCCUAAUGGAAUGUGACAUUUCUGUACAUUGAAAGUAAGCUUUAAGGAAUUUGUGAGAUUUAUGGUUGAAAAUCUCUUCCAAGCGGUCCUGGUAAAUGUAGUACUGGCUUGUGGCCACUAGAGAGCGUCACAGAGUUUAAUGUCUAAUUUUCUAACCCUGUAGCAAGUCCAGCACUUACACCAGGGGUGUCAAACUCUGGUCCUCGAGGGCCGGUGUUCUGCAUGUUUUAGAUGUUUCCCUCUUCCAUCACACCUGGAAGCCAUUCCAUCAUUAUCAGGCUUGUGCAGAGCAUGAUGAUGAGCUGAUCCUUAAUUGAACCAGGUGUGAUGGAAGAGGGAACUAUCUAAAACAUGCAGGAUACUAGAGUUUGACACCUGUGACUUACACUCUGUCAUUCAAAUACAGCUGAAAUUACACAAACUCUAAGAGCCAUGGUGUAACAACAUAGUAGAAAAUAUACAAAUAUUCCAAACAAAUAGAGUAUAACAAUAAACAUACAAUAUGACUGAACAGGAGGGGUGGAGAGAAUAAAUAAAGCAAAGUGGCA